CGCACUCACGGAGUCUUGGCUGUCGCCCUUCUCGAGUUUGCAUUUUUGCUCUCCUCUCUCCCAAAGCAAUCGCUCAUCCAGGAGAGCACCACUCGCACGAGGAGAUUGCUCUCGAGCUGGCCAAGCGCAGUGCACACGCAGCACACAUUCAGCGCGGUCUCACGAAAUGUGCUGCUGAUCCCAACUAUCGUGCCUUGCAAGCGAGACAUUAUGAGCGCCGCGCGGAGAAAGCGGAAGCUUUGCGGCAGAAGAGAGGACUUGAGGUCAAGAAGCCUUUCAAGUGUCGGCGUGAUCUGCAUGCUCUCCAGACUUUCGAGGCUGAAAAUCACAAUCUGACAUCCUUGAGCUAUGACACUUCGACCGACGCUUCGACUCUGUUCUCAACCUAUAGCAAUUCGUCUUGUAUCUUGACCCCGGAAGUUACACAGGGACCGUACUGGAUCACCGGCGAAUACAUCCGCGAUGACGUGACGGAAGACCAGGAGGGCGUUUCCGUCCACCUCGAAUAUCAGUUCAUCGAUAUUUCAACAUGCUCUGCUGUUCCAGACCUAUACAUCGAUACGUGGCAGGCAAAUGCUACUGGAGUGUACUCGGGGGUAGUUGCCAAUGGCAAUGGCGCUGGUGAAGAUGAUCUAUUCAAUCUGAACAACACCUUCCUCCGUGGCAUGCAGCCUACCGACUCUAACGGCCUCGCGGCGUUCGAUACCAUAUUCGUCGGACACUACCAAGGCCGAACACCGCACAUCCACAUGAUGGCACAUCAAGGCGGCUCUGCCCUCGAAAACGGCACGUACACCGGCGGUACCAUCUCCCAUGUUGGCCAAAUCUUCUUCCCGUCCGAUCUCAUUGCCCAAGUCGAGGCUACUUACCCCUACAACACGAACACGCAAGACCUGACCUCCAACGACGAGGAUGGAAUCGCGCAAGAAGAAGCCGACAAUGACUACGAUCCGUUCCCCAACUUUGUCUAUCUGGGCAGUGGAGUUGAGGAUGGCUUGUUCUGUGGAUCAGCAUUGGAGUUGACUUGAGCGCAAACAACAGCGUCGGCGCUGCCGGUCAGUUGACCGCAGAGGGGGGCGUGGCCAACGAGAAUGGUAUGGGAGGCGGGAUGGGAGGUGGUCCACCAGGUGGAGGAAAUGGCACAAUGGGCAACGGGACUAUGCCAUCCGGUGGAGCUCCAGCG